GUGUGGAGCAGCCCACACAUUUGGGUGCUGAAGCGGAACCAACAGGGUGAAAAGAUAAUGUUCUAACCCUCGUGCAGGGUUAAAACUAGCUCGAACUCCUGGGUCUGAGGGGAGGGUCCUGGAGCCCCGCCUGCUUCUCAGCCUGGAGGCGAAGGCACUGGCACUCCAGGCCAGCGGGAGGAAGGGUCCGAUCCCUGAACACCAAGUGUCCUAGUGAGGCCUGAGCAGCCCGGCGGGUGGAAACCGAAGGGCCUGAGACCUCCAAGGUCACCCCUGCGCCUCUCUCCGACCCCCAGCCCGAGUCUGCAAUGGCGGAGGAGAGCAGCUACGCGAAAAAGUCUAAGAUCUCCGCCUCCAGGAAGCUGCAACUGAAGACGCUGAUGCUGCAGAUCGCGAAGCAGGAGCUGGAGCGCGAGGCGGAGGAGCGGCGCGGAGAAAAGGGGCGCGCGCUGAGCACGAGGUGCCAGCCCCUGGAGCUGGCUGGGCUGGGCUUCGCGGAGCUGCAGGACUUGUGCCGACAGCUCCACACCCGGGUGGACAAGGUGGAUGAAGAGAGAUAUGACGUAGAGGCCAAAGUCACCAAGAACGUCACGGAGAUCGCAGACCUGACCCAGAAGAUCUUCGACCUCCGUGGCAAGUUUAAGCGGCCCACCCUGCGGAGAGUGCGGAUCUCUGCAGAUGCCAUGAUGCAGGCCCUGCUGGGAACCCGGGCCAAGGAAUCCUUGGACCUGCGGGCCCACCUCAAGCAGGUGAAGAAGGAAGACACUGAGAAGGAGAACCGGGAGGUGGGCGACUGGCGCAAGAACAUCGAUGCCCUGAGCGGCAUGGAGGGCCGGAAGAAGAAGUUUGAGGGCUGAGCUGCCCCUGCCCUCGGGGAAACCAAAGCCCUGAGAAAUAAAAGCUCUCCAUGCAGGAAGCAUCGUGUGUGUCCCUGGGACCGAGGCCUGGGGAAGAAGUCUGGGACGCAGGGCUUGGGCUGUCCCCGGUCAUCUGCAGAUGGUGCCUACAUACUAGGUUGAAAGAGGGGGAGGCAGAGAUGGGGAAACUGAGGCAGAGGCCGUAGAGAGAGGAAAGAAAACGACUGAUGUGCAGGGAGACGGGCAGACAGUGGAAAUACAGAAAUGUAUUAUCCAGAGAGGCACACAGAUGAAGGAGACCCCCAGCAGGGAGAGACCCUCCAGAAGGGCCAGGCAGCCCAGUGAGGUGACUCACACCUGUAAUCCCCUGCAGGAGGCU